ACGUCAGCGAGCGAAGCUGUGGAACUCACAUGUGUUUGUCUCUCACUCUCUCUCUCUCUCUCUCUCUCGCUCCCUCAUCUUUCUAUCACAGACUCCAGCUCAUGCCUCUACUCUCCCUGGACUCUACGGCUGUGUGGCACAUCCUGGUGCACUUACACGCUGGACGAAGGACCUCAUCUCUCUUCUCUCACCAUCUGCACUCUGCUCCUCAAACAGCAGCAGUCCACAGCACAAAACAAGGAGAUAAGAAGGAAAUAGUGGAAGCAGAGCAUGGAAGAACAGAAGAACAUCUGAGGAGAAAGUACAGUGUGGAAGUCUGAAGGUAGGAGAAACUGUUUGGAAAGUACAAGAGAAGAGCGCCAGGAAGUAGAUGGAUGGAAAAGAAGAUGAAAGUGUUAUAAAGAAACAUUGUUGAAGGAAUGAAAGCUCAGCCAUACUUUAUAUAAAUAGGACACAGCUGGGUCUUGCAGACGAUAUCAACCACAGAGGAAGAAGGAUAUUAAAUUCUCUAUCAAGAUGUACACUUCCAAUGAGAUAAAAUAGCCGGUGAAAAGAAAAAGAGCAAACCCCUUAGGGAGAUCAAGAGUCUUUGGCGCGCAGCCCUGGCGACCCACAUGCCCAUCGAAUUUGUCUGCAAAAUCAAGUUUGCCGAGGGCGACGAAGCCCCAACGGAAGGCGGCAAUACCGGGAUGCUAGAUGAAGGCCUGCGGCGGCAAAAAGGUGGCAUGGCUGAUCUGGCGUCAUUCGCUAGCUCCUCCUCCUUACACGGUCUGGCACAGGUACUGGGGAGCUCGGGCUCUGGACGCAUGAGUUUAAGACAGACACUGUGGGCGCUGGCUCUGUUGGUCUCCAUCAGCCUAUUUCUGUACCAAGCCACAUGGAGCGCGGCGACCUAUCUAGAGCGCCCCCACCUGGCAGCGCUGAAAGAAGAGGCCCGCCGUGAGCUCACCUUCCCCGCCGUCACGCUCUGCAACGUCAACCGCUUUCGCUUUUCUGCACUCACCGAUGCAGACAUCUACCACUUGGCUAAUCUCACCGGCCUGCCACCAAAAAGCCGCAAAGGACACCGGCCGAGUGAGCUCCAGUACCCGCCCCCUAACAUGCUUGACAUUUUCCAGAGGACGGGGCACCAGCUUGAAGAUAUGCUGAAGAGUUGCAACUUUAGCGGGCAGAACUGCUCAUCUGAAGACUUCAGUGUGGUUUACACGCGGUAUGGGAAAUGUUACACGUUUAAUGGAAAUAAGACGUCGCCCAAGCGGGUCAGACAGGGCGGCACAGGAAAUGGCCUCGAGCUUAUGCUGGACAUUGAGCAGGAUGAGUAUCUGCCCAUCUGGAGAGAAACCAAUGAGACGACGCUGGAAGCGGGCAUUCGGGUUCAGAUCCACAGUCAGGAUGAACCCCCGUACAUCCACCAGCUGGGCUUUGGGGUCUCUCCGGGAUUCCAAACGUUUGUUUCAUGUCAGGAACAGAGGCUAACGUACCUGCCACAGCCGUGGGGAAACUGCCGGGCAUCAUCCGAACCUGUGAUCCCAGGAUAUGACACCUACAGUGUGAGUGCUUGCAGGCUGCACUGUGAAAGCACACAGGUGCAGAGAGAGUGUAACUGCAGGAUGGUGCAUAUGCCAGGCACUGCUGAUAUCUGCACACCCAAGAAAAUCAAGUGUGUUGACAAGGCGUUAGCUUUACUCCAAAAGAGCACAGGUGACUCGUGUCCCUGUGAGACACCGUGCAAUAUGACUCGCUAUGGAAAAGAGCUCUCCAUGGUCAAAAUCCCCAGCAGGGGAUCUGCUCGCUACCUUUCUCGCAAAUACCAGAAAUCGGAGGAAUACAUCAGAGACAACUUUCUUAUCUUGGAUAUUUUCUUCGAGGCUUUAAACUAUGAGACAAUUGAACAGAAGAAAGCGUAUGACAUUGCUGGGCUGUUAGGAGAUAUCGGCGGACAGAUGGGGCUUUUCAUUGGGGCCAGUAUUCUAACUAUACUGGAAAUACUUGACUAUAUCUAUGAGGUGAUCAAACACAAAAUCAAGCGACUUUUAAAACCAAAGACAAAUCAGAAACAACAAAACCAACGAAACUUAAUCCAAGAACAGAUCCUGAGAACGAAGAACCUUCGAGAACAAAAUCUGAGAGCCCAUUUGACUACAGGAACUAUUGCUACAGUCAGAUUCGAAGAAGUCAAAGUCAAGGCAGCUAAUGAUGUAACGAUGGCUCAACCACACAGUGCACAUCCAACUUCAAUAUUACCAAACCAUCAUAAUGCAUCAGUGGUACAGCAGGACUUCUCCUGCUAAGGGAUGUCUCCUUCUCUCUGUUACACUAAACUUUAAAUUGAGAUCAUGAAUACAUUUUCACUGAGAAAAGCUACAGCCAAAGUCUGAUCCAGGACCUCACGUGAAACAUUCACAAUGUAUCAAACUGUUCUCAUUGUUCCAACACCAGAAGAAAUCACACAACGUGUUUCACGUGCACUUUUGUUGCGUCAGAUUUUCUUUUCUGUUUUCUGUAUCAUAUCCAUCUAGGUCAAGUUAUUUUCCUGGUCGCCUGGGUGGACCUGUAGCAUGGAUUUGAAAUUGUAAAUGAGAAGCUCCGAUGCAAAAGUCCAUCUGACAUGUUUUCUUGUAAAUAAGCAUUUUUUAUCACUUUAAUGGAUUCUGCCAACAAACCAGUAUUUCUGAAUAGCCUGAGGGCAGGGUUUAGCAUAUGUCUAUGUAUAAUACGUUUAAUAUCAUUAUCUCAUUUUUGACGUAGGUGGCAAUUAUAAGCUUUUGUAUCUGAGCUCUUCGAAUCUACCUUUCCCUUCACUAAAUGACAGUCACAAGUUCAAACAGGGCUGAACAUUUCAAAUGUUGAGUUCAGCUAAAGGUGGCUUCUUUGUGAUUCUUCUGUGGUAAUGUACUGUACAGUACUUAAACCAUUUCACCUCUUUCAUUUCUUAAGACAUCUCGAAAAGAGAACAGCAAAAAUAUACUACUUGUCUCUUUUGUAAGUAGAUGUUAUGUUAUAUUCAGUCUUAUGUAACUUUUGCAUUGUGCUUUAUAGUUCUUAUAAUGGAACUAUGUUUGUCUGUUUUGGGGUUGAAAGACCGCUAGAGCACAACGUUUGCUGAAAUCAUCUCUAGGUU